UGCAGCUCCGGACGCAUCCCGCCAAAGCCAGAGUGUCUUUGUGGGGUCUGUGCGGUUCCUCCUUACUAAGUGCGCACUCAGCCGGAUACGCACAGCAGCUGUGAGGGAAGAAGAGGCAGCACGGACGCUGGAAGAGAGGAAAGGCGACUGACAGCAUGAUGUUGAAGCAGCACCUGCUCUUCGUGCUCUGCAGCGUCUGUGGGAGCGUCGUUAAAGAGGCAGCCUCGAAAAGCAAAGUGAAAGCAGCAGGCAGCCAGGGACAAUUUCCCGUCACCCAGAAUGUGACAGUUGUGGAGGGUAGCACAGCGAACAUGACUUGCCGUGUGGAUUACAAUGAUAACACCUCCCUCCAGUGGUCAAACCCUGCACAGCAAACCCUUUUCUUCGGGGACAAAAAAGCAUUGCGAGACAAUCGGAUCGAGCUGGUUAGAGCCUCGUGGAAGGAGCUGACCAUCAGCAUCAAUGAAGUGACUCUGUCGGAUGAGGGCCAAUAUACAUGUUCACUCUUCACCAUGCCUAUCAAGACCUCCAAGGCCUUCCUCACAGUUCUGGGAGUACCAGAGAAACCAGAAAUUACUGGUUUUACCAGACCCGCUGUGGAGGGAGAGGACGUCACACUCACGUGCAUAACAUCUGGAAGCAAACCAGCUGCCGACAUCCGAUGGUUUAGAAAUGAUAAGGAGAUAAAGGAUAUAAAAGAUAAACAGCAGCUCAAUGCCACAGGCAGGUCAUUCACAGUCAGAAGCACCGUACAUCUCCAGGUGGAUCGGAAUGAUGAUGGAGCUGCGUAUACCUGCAGCGUGGAGCACAUAUCCCUGAACUCUACACCUCACCAAGUCACAGAGGUGCUGGAGGUCCACUAUGCACCACAAGUAGAAAUUGUUCAUUCAUUAAUAGUGCCACAGGAGGGGCAGUACUUCAAACUGGAGUGUGUAUCCAGAGGAAACCCACUACCUGAUCGAGUAAUAUGGACAAAAGAUGGUGGGGACCUUCCUGAUCUUGACCGAAUGAUCGUAGAAGGAAAAGAACUAAUAAUCACAACCCUCAAUAAAACAGACAAUGGCACAUAUCGAUGUGAGGCAAGAAAUCAUCUGGGGACCAGCACUGAUGAAUACGUACUGUUUGUGUACGAUCCCAAUGCAUUGCCCCAGCAUGAUCCCGAUCACGCCCUAAUAGGAGGAGUGGUGGCCGUGGUGGUCUUCAUCACGCUCUGCUUCAUCAUCGUCCUUGGACGCUAUCUAGCCAGACACAAAGGGACAUACUUAACCAAUGAGGCCAAAGGAGCGGAGGACGCCCCUGACGCAGACACGGCCAUCAUCAAUGCGGAGGGGAACCACGCACAUGCAGAGGAAAAGAAAGAGUACUUCAUUUAG